UUUGCAUUUGUCUGAAUUUGAAGUAACACUGUAAUCUAUCAUUUCAGCCCUCUUAUUCUUUCGCGGUUUUUCUUUCUCUCUAACUACCAGGCUUCUUUAGGCUCGUCCUCUUUUUUUUCUUUUCGAGAAAAAAAAAAACCAAAACAAACAAUGGACGCAUCAUGUUUUUUAUUUUCCAGCAACAAACGUAGUAGAUCCGAAUCUUCUUCUACUGUGUGGAUCGAUAAAUACGAACCUAAAUCAGAAGCUGACAUUGGUGUUCGAAACGAUAAAAUUAAAGAAGUGAGGAAAGCCAUUGAACAAUCCGCCAUUUAUAACGACAUGAUUAAACUCUUGAUCCUGACAGGACCAACUGGAUCCGGAAAAAGUGCACUGAUCAAGUUACUGAGUCGAUCGUAUGGAUUUGAAAUAACUGAAUGGGAGACUCCAUUGAGAAGCUGGUCAGCUAAUUUCGGUCAUAUGGAAUCAUUUCGACGAUUUAUGGAUAAAGCCAUUUCUUUUAAUACACUUGAAAGCGUGGAUCGACCUAACAACGGCAAGAUCAUUUUGAUGGACGAUAUACCGGAUUUAACCACCUUUAAAGUCAAGCAAGAAUUUUAUUCCAUCAUCCAAACCUGUCUGGACUCGAGUAAAAAGUUUUUGAUGGUUAUCAUUGCCUCGGAUUCCUAUGCAAACUCAGAUGACACCCACAUGCAAAAUCAAGCAAGAAUCAUUGCCCCUGAUUCAUUAAAAAUUGAUCCUCGCGUCGAAUUCAUUGAGUUUAGACCGAUUAUUAAAGCCAGCAUGAAAAAGAUAUUGAAGAAUAUCUUACAAUGCGAGAAAUUGUGUGUGAGUGAUAGGAAACUAGAAGAAAUCAUCGAUGUCAGUAACGGUGAUAUUCGGUCUGCUAUCAAUUCUUUACAGUUCAUGUCUUGUAUACCCAUCAUGCCGCCGAAAAAGUUCAGACGUACCCAAGUUGUCGAUUUUGACAACCAUAUUGGAAAUCUUUCAUUAUUUCACGCCAUUGGAAAAGUGAUUUAUGCAAAACAUAACGAAGAUGGCACCUUUGAAUCCAAACCAGACCACAUCAUGAAUAAAUUGCCAAUAGCCAACGAUUAUUUUGUGGAUUACAUCCAUCAAAAUAGUGCGGGAUUUUAUCACGACAUUGAUGAUAUUUCAAACGCGUUUGAUGAUCUUGCAUUUGGUGAUACACUACGUUAUGACUCCGAUUGGAUCAACGAGCAAGCCAGCUACUAUCGAUGCAUCAUCUCCAUCAAUGGUAUCAUGAAGUACAGAAAAGGUGCUGUCAAGGGUGCUUUUAAAGAAUUGGCGGGUACCAUAUUUGGAAAAAUGGCCUAUGAAAAGCGAAAGGAAUCUCAAAAAGGUACUUGAUAUAUAUAUAUUUAAAACCUUUUUCAUAUGUUGAAAACGACACUCUAUUGUUAGAUCUCCACAAAUUAUGGAUGGAUUCGGUAGAUUUGAGAAGAUCUUAUAUGGUGGAGGAAGAUAUGG